AUGGCUACCCUCAGGCACGAAUUCUACGAGACUGACGAAAAACUCACACUUACCAUCUUCGACCGAGGCGCCGAUCCGGUGUCUGUGAACAUCACGUUCCAACCGAGAAAGGUGGUGUACGAGAACGGAGAUAAGAAGCUCGAACUCGAGCCGCUCAAGGGCCAGAUUGAUCCAGAAAAGAGUAGUUUCGUCGUGGGUAAGGUCAAGGUGGAGAUGCGUCUCGUCAAGGCUGCACAAGGACGCUGGGGCGUUCUCGUGGGCAAUGCACCAGACCCCCUCUCUCCAUUCCCCAGCGCACCGGCCUCAGCUCCCAAGCCCUCAGGCAGCACGCUGCCUCAAGCUCAAAAGAACUGGGAUAAGCUGACGACGGACAUUCUGGCAUCCGAAAAAGAAAAAUCGAGUGCCGAGGACCCCAAUGUGACCGGCGACAGCACCGUCAACAAGUUCUUCCAAGACUUGUUCAAAGACGCAGACGAGGACACAAAGCGCGCGAUGAUGAAAAGCUACCAGGAGAGCGGAGGAACGACGUUGAGCACCAACUGGGACGAGGUCUCCAAGGCGCGGGUCGAGGUGAAGCCUCCCCAGGGAAGUGAGUAUAAGAAGUGGGGUGCGUGA